AUGAGUGAAGAAGACCUGACUAAGGAGCAGAAGCUAGAGGCGGCUAGAAAGAAGUUCGAGGAGUUGAAGAAGAAGAACAAAAAGGGGAAGAAGAAGGGAAAGAAGAGUGGCAGUGGUAAGAAGGAGGACUCUGAUGUGCUGGACGACGACGCCACGAGGGACGAGGGUGAGGAGAACGAGGAGAAUGGGGAGAAGGCAGAGAGCGGGGAGGCUGCAGCAACUGAGGGAGAAGCAGCAAAGGCCACGAGCGAGGAAGAAGGAAACGACGACGUGGACGUGGACGUGGACGUGGACGCUGCAGAGAAGCCCGCCGAGGCUGCGGAGCGUAUAGAAGAGUCAUCGGCCGAAAACACAGCGGAGGCUGGGGCUCCAGCGGCGGAGAAGACGGAGGUGGCGGAGGUGGCGGCUGCCGAAAGUGGUGUAGACGGAGAAGCAGCCGCCGAGCCGUCGCAAGACGCUCCUGCGGAGGAGGCACCGCUUGAGUCCAUCCUCUCGAGCAGCGGAAAUGGUGAGUCCACCUUUUUGACCAGCAGUCUGCAGUCGACGGUGGCGGAGCUGCAGGCGGAGGCGGCCAAGCUACGGGAGGAGGUCAGAACACUCAAGGCGGAAAACGUGGACCUGAAGCUCAUGAACUCGGACCUCGAGAUAGAGCUAGCGGCCUCGCAGAACGCACUAGAGACCCAGAAGGCGCAGAUGGAGCGCCUCACACAGCAGAUGCGUACGGCCCGGGUCGACCCAGCGCAGCACGCCAAGUCCGGCGACGAGGAGGACGGCGUCUCGGUGCUGAGCGGAACAGAGUACUUGACCCACGCCACGUCCAGCUUCCAGAACCUAACCAGCUUCAACAUCAACAACAACUCGCAGGACUACAUGGACAUAGUCGACCUGAAGGAGCGGUUGGCCCAGUGGAAAGGGUGGAACAUGGACAUGCACGGCUGGAGGUCGAUAGGGAUGGGGCCCAUCGUGGAUAUAUAG